AGUAGCGGCUUAGGGAGUAGUGCUACACCACAGUGUUGUGCUGGAACAGGCACGGCAUCGCUGAAAACCGCUAGCGGAACAAAUGAAAACGAAAACUACUAUUUGAUUUGGAUUAAUUCAGUGGCGAGACACCCAAUCGAAGCGAGAAGCUUUUUAAGAGAAAUUGGACCGACUGACGAAGAUUGGGACAUUACGCUACUGUACGAUAACACCGCCGAAUGCUUUCUCUUACCCCGCUAAGGUUGCUGGCUAAGAGAAACGGCCGAUAAUGCACGGCAUCUGCUCUGGAGCCACACCUACUUCCUGCCUGUAGAGGAAGCGGCUGUGCCAGCAUGUCCUCUCAUCCCCAGUCUGUGCCACCGGGCCGGAGGACUGUGGACACACGGCACCUGCCAAACCCUGCCACCCUGCCACUGCAGCUGCAACGGGCACAUACGGAAGUGGGACUGGUUGACUACCACUCUCAUCAUGCCAGGGACUACAGCUCCCACCUGGCCCAGCCCCAUCGCCGCCGGCCUUCCUUACUUUCAGAGUUUCAGCCUGGGAAUGAGAGAGGACAAGAGCAGCAUAGCCGCUAUGAGCAUAUCUACCUGCCAGAACCCAGCAGCCAAUCGGAGAUGGAGUAUGCGGAGAUCAAACGGCCUCGUUUAGAGAUGGGACCAGAGUCUCUGAUGAGGCCUUCAUCCCACCGACCACCAAUGCCUCUGGGAGGGGCUGAGGAUAUGGCAAAGGAUCGUGGAAGUUCCAUGGGGAAGCUGGAGCCAAUCUCCCCCGUGAGCCCAGUCCAUAUGGACCCGGACUUGGAUCUGGUGCCAGCCCGCUUCUCUAAGGAAGAGCUGAUCCAGAACAUGGAUCGCGUGGACAGGGAGAUCACCAUGGUGGAGCAGCAGAUCUGCAAGCUUCGCAAGAAACAGCAACAGCUGGAGGAAGAGGCUGCAAAGCCCCAUGAGCCAGAGCGGCCCAUCUCACCGCCACCCAGCGAGGCCAAGCACCGCAGCCUGGUGCAGAUCAUCUAUGAUGAGAACAGGAAAAAGGCAGAAGAGGCUCACAGGAUACUGGAGGGACUGGGACCCAGGGUAGAACUGCCUCUCUACAAUCAGCCUUCUGAUACCAAGCAGUACCAUGAGAACAUCAAAAUAAACCAGGCGAUGAGGAAGAAGCUCAUCUUAUACUUCAAGAGGAGAAAUCAUGCUCGUAAGCAGUGGGAACAGAAAUUUUGCCAGCGCUAUGACCAGCUGAUGGAAGCCUGGGAGAAGAAGGUGGAGCGCAUCGAAAACAACCCGCGGCGCCGAGCCAAGGAGAGCAAGGUGCGGGAGUACUACGAGAAACAGUUUCCAGAGAUCCGCAAACAAAGAGAGCUGCAGGAGCGCAUGCAAAGCCGUGUUGGGCAGCGAGGAGGUGGGCUGACUUCAUCUGCAGCUCGCAGUGAACACGAGGUCUCCGAGAUCAUUGAUGGGAUAUCAGAGCAUGAGAACACAGAGAAGCAAAUGCGACAGCUGGCAGUCAUCCCUCCCAUGCUGUUUGACGCUGAGCAGCAGCGCAUCAAGUUCAUCAACAUGAAUGGAUUGAUGGAUGACCCCAUGAAGGUGUACAAAGACCGGCAGGUUAUGAACAUGUGGAGCGAGCAGGAGAAGGACACUUUCAGAGAGAAGUUCAUCCAGCACCCCAAAAACUUUGGUCUGAUUGCAUCUUUUUUGGAGAGAAAGACGGUGGCAGAGUGUGUGCUCUUUUACUACCUGACCAAAAAGAAUGAAAACUAUAAGAACAUAGUGCGGAGGAACUACAGACGCAGAGGAAGAAGCCAGCACGGCCAGCAGCAGCAACAGCAGCAACAAGUGCACCGAAGCAGCCAGGAAGACAAGGAGAAGGAGGAGAAAGAGAAGGAGGGAGAGAGGGAUGAAGAAAAAAAUGAAGCUGAAGACAAGGAAGAUGGAAUGAAGGAUGACACCUCUGGAGAAGAUGCAGAGGACAAAGAACCCACUGUGGCUUUCAAAGGUCGACGCACAGCCAACAGCCAGGGGCGCCGCAAGGGCCGCAUCACCCGCUCUAUGACGAGUGAAGUGGAGGAGACCACCACACCGCCACUCAACAAUGAGCUUGCCAAUCUGGAAAUGAAUGAGAGCUCUCGCUGGACUGAAGAAGAGAUGGAAACUGCCAAAAAAGGCCUUCUCCAGUAUGGUAGGAAUUGGUCCGCCAUCGCCAAGAUGGUGGGAUCAAAAACCGUGUCACAGUGCAAGAACUUCUACUUCAACUACAAGAAGAGGCAGAAACUGGAUGAGAUUCUGCAGCAGCAUAAAAUGAAAUCGGAGAAAGAGCGAAAGGCCCGUCGUAGGGGCAAAACCCUGCAGAAUGAGGAGGCCAGUGCCCCGUAUGCAGCAGAGGAGGAAGAGAUGGAGGGUUCAGGAGCCAGUGGCAAUGAAGAGGAGGCCCCUGAAGAUGGAGAAGGUGGAGCUAACAACAGCUCUGACACAGAGAGCUUACCCUCACCACACUCAUCAGAGGACAGCAAGGCUAAGGAGGAAGGCUCGAGCAGGUCAAAGGCCAGCUCCAACAGCGGCGACAAGGAGGCAGCCGGGUCAGACAUGGGCCAGGCAGGGGAUGAGAAACCUCCUGUCAAGGAAGAUGCAGACUCAGCCAUCAAGCAGGAGAUAAAGACUGAGGCUGUGGAGCCCAACAAAGAGCAGCUGCAGCCAAUAUCACCCAGUGAUGCCACAGAUAAAAAACCUCCUACAGCAGAGACGGAGGAAAUCAAAAGCUCCACCAAGAGCUCCAAGAAGGACCAUGGGGCCAAAACAGGCUCCCAUGGGGACAGUGACUCUAGUGCCACUUGUAGUGCUGAUGAAGUGGAGGAGACCGAUAACACAGAUAAGAGCAGAAUUACUUCUCCACGGCCAAGCCUGCUGAACUACACUCAUGACGGGGUCAUAUCCUCCCCGCUGCAGAAGCCCAUGGACCUGAAACAGCUCAAACAGAGGGCUGCUGCUAUACCACCUAUUAUGCCAGAAGCCUCCAUGCAGGGCAGUCAGCGGAGUGGGGGUGGUAAGGCAGUGCGCCCUCCCCACGCCCUGGCACUCUACCAGCAACAGAUCACCAUGGCUCAUGGGGAGUCCUCUCAGGAGGUGCAGCAGCAGCAGCAGCAGCAGCAGCAGCAGCAGCUUUCAGGCCAGCCAGGCAAACAACAACAGCUUUACACCACACAGGCAGACAGAGACAGGGAGGCUCUUCACAGCAGCAGCCCUCGUAUUCGCCCCCGCAGCCCCUCCACCAGUGACAAGGAUGAGCUGGAAGGCAACGAGAGGUGGUUACUGACCCUCCUGCAGGGAUUAAAAAAGUCCCGGGCUUUCUCUCCGCAUGGUGAGGCCAAGAAGCAGGCAAUGGGUCCUGAUGACCUGAGGACCUCUAACAUGGGUCGACAAGUUCUCUCCCCCUACCCCAUGUCCCCGCGAGACAUGGCCAAGAUCACUCAUGACCAGCACCUGCUCCACUUUAGCUCGUUCCAACAAGCAGGCCACCCCUCACUCUCCGGUCUGCCACAGGACAGUGGUAGGCUAGCAGCAGUGAGGCCCCUCACGAUGCCAGAGCCACCACCACUCAUUUCCUCCACCAAGCCAGGAGGCUCCAUCACACAGGGCACCCCAGUGCAGUUGCACAGCCCAGCCCACGGGUUGGACCACGGGAAGAUGCCCCCCACACAGAUGGGCUUGUCUUGGAUGGAUCAGAGGAAAGUGGCAGGUUCUUUCCCCGUGAUAAAGCAGGAACAGUUGUCUCCUCGCAGCUCGUCCUCCCAAGCUGACAACCUGUCGACCCAGGGGGCGCCUCAUGAUAGUGCUGCUGGACGUGCUUCUAUUCAAGCUGUUCAGGGCGGUAGUAUCACUAAGGGCAUCCCAGGGACCAGAAUGCAUCCAGAUUCCUCAAUCUCCUACCGAGGGGGCUCCAUUACUCAGGGGACACCGGCCGAUGUGCUGUAUAAAGGAACCAUAACCCGUCUGAUCACAGAGGACAGCGUCAGCCGAGCUGAGAGGGAGCGAGAUGAGGCACCUUCUAAAGGCCAUGUGGUCUACGAGGGCGUCAGUGCGCACAUUGUCACUUACGACCGAGCAGCUUCUCAGACCCCUAAAGAUGAGGGCCGAGGCUCCGGGCAGCCUGGGGAAAUUCUUGGCCUAAAGCGUCCUUAUGAUGUUAUGGAGGGAGGCAUUUCUAGAGGACUACCUAUGAGGGAUUCACUGUCUUCUGCCAACUGUGAAGGUCUGAUUGGUCGAGCCAUGCCUCAUGAUAGGGACAGUCCACACCACACACCUUACAAGGAUUCACAUCACAUCCGUGGUUCCAUCUCACAAGGUAUACCUCGUCAUCUGGACCCUCAGGAUGGCUACCUGCGGAGGGAGGCUAAGCAGAUGAAGAGAGAGGGCUCACCUCCCCGUGGGCCCAGUUCUGACCCAAUGAAGGGCAGAGAGGGCAUGGUGCCCACAGUGAAGGAGGCUGGGCGCUCCAUCCACCUCAUUCCCAGGGAGGAGCUUAGACAGCCUACCAAGGAGGGAAUCAUAGCACAGGGAACACCCAUGAAGCAGGAGGCAGCUGGUUCAGGGAAACGUCAUGAUGUCCGCUCCAUCAUAGCCAGUUCACCACGUUCCUACCACAAUGCACCCUCCCACUUGGAGAUGCGUGCCGAGAGGGGCCGCUAUGAAGAAGCACCAAAAGGACGGCCCAGCGCUGUGGUCAGUACGGCUAGCUCUAUAGCCCGCUCUUCUCCUCUUACGCUGGGAUCGGACCAGGGAGGCAAGGCCCAUCAUAGUCCAGUGGGCUACGAUGACAAAGGCGGCUUAAGGAACGCCUACCCUGGGCCCUCGCAUCGUGGCUCCCCUCUGUCCAGGGAGGCAAGCCAAAGGCAGCAUGAUGGUUCCAGUAAGAAUCCGCCCCAGGAGCGUAAAGCCACACCAACUCCCAGGGAAAUGAAUGCUACCAAAUCGCCGCUCCCGGGUGUUGCAGAUCAACAGACUUAUGAGCGUCUGCUGGGUCUCGGAGCUGCAGACGUGUACCGUCAAAUCCCGUUAGCCUUCGAUCCUGCAGCGCUGCCCCGUGGCAUCCCCAUUGACCCAGCGACCUACUACUUGCAACGCCACCUAGCCCCCAACCCAGCGUACCCUCAUCCCUACCCCUACCUCAUCCGUGGCUUUCCUGACACUGCGGCCCUGGAGAACCGCCAGACACUGCUCAAUGACUACAUCACUUCCCAGCAGAUGCACCAAUGGCCUGCAGCUGCUGCCAUGGCUGCCCAGCGGUCAGACCUGCUGAGGGGACUUACUCCAAGAGACCAGCCCCUUCCUCUGCCCUACUCUGCAGCCCCACGUGGGAUCAUCGAUCUUUCUCAGGUGCCACACUUACCUGUCCUGGUCCCUCCCUCUGCAGGGGCAGCCGGCUCCCCAAUGGAUCGCAUCACUUACAUCCCCGGGGGAAGCAGCACCUUCCCUGGCAGGCCUUACACCACCUCCCCCAUCUCACCUGUUGGGUCCUCGCACAUGAACAAGAUGCAAGGCACACCGUCAUCUUCGGAGCGCGAGCGUGAAAGAGACCGUGAACGUGACAGAGAGAGGGACCGGGAGAGAGACAGAGAGCGGGAGAGAGAGAGGGAGCGUGAACGGGACCGCGAGAGAGACCGUGAGAGAGAACGGGAACGAGACCGUGAAAGGGAUAGAGACCGGGAGAGAGACAGAGACAGAGAGCGUGACCGAGAGAAGGGCGGGUCUGUUGGAAAUGUUGAGCACGCCCCCAUCUGGCGACCAGGUACAGAGCACAGCUUGGCAAGCAGUAGCAGCAGCAGUGGUGUGAGACCUUCAUCCCAACCGUAUAGCCACCAGCACUCCCCGGUGUCCCCUCGCACUCAGGAGAACGUGCAGCAGAGGCCAAGUGUCCUGCACAACACUGGGGGCAAGAGUCUUUCUGUCAGCGAGCACCCCAACUCAUCUGUGUUUCGGUCCAUGUCUUCAGGCCCGGCCCGCUACCAAGGUUACCCAGGCCACCUCCAAAGGACAGGUGUGCCCCCUGAGGCCUACACACAUACCAUGGACCCAAGUUUAGCCAAAGAGCAGAGUCGUGAUGGAGGCAAAAACAGGGGAGGUCUGCCCAAGCACGUGCAGGACCAGCACGGGCCCUCCAGCAAAUCUGACCCCAAGCUGUCAAGCCCAGGAGGAAUGUACCCAGGUUCCUAUUCCUCACCUUCAGGCCGGCCGCAACACCUACUGCCUCCCCAGUCGGAUAACCCUCCUGGCCGUGGAGAAAGCGGUACACCUAGUAGGGAAAAGACUCAAAACAAACAGAUGUCCAUUCAGGAACAAGAGCUCCGAGCACUCGCUCAACAGAAGAUGGAGCCACAUGGUUUGUACCGUCCUCCGUCUGUGGAGAGACAGUCUCCAGGGCAACAGCCGCCGUCCCCCUGUGUUAAAGGCAGCCAGAGGGUGGUCACCCUGGCACAGCACAUCAGCGAAGUGAUAACUAAAGACUACACCAGGCAGAGCCAGCAGCAGCAGCAGCAGCAGCAGCAGCAACAACAGCAACAACAACAGCAAAGCUACCAUGGCGAUCCUGUUCUGGACUUGACCCGUCCACCCAGUGCCUCCCAGCCCCCAUCGACCUCACAGGAGUCUGCCCAGGGGCCCCGGUAUCAGGAGAGCCUAGGUGGAGAACGCAACAGAGACCGGUCUCCUCCUCAGCCCAAGACGUCACCUGUCAGUGUUUCAAAUGAUGGCAUUGAACCAGUGUCCCCUGCUGGAGCAAUCUCUGAACCUGACGUCCAGGGAGGGGCCUCCUACCCCAACGAGCAGGGAGAGCAGGGAAUGGGCUCCCGUUCCCCUCCCAAUGCCUCCCAGCCUCCAGCUUUCUUCAGCAAGUUAACUGAGAACACCUCAGCUAUUGUGAAGUCAAAGAAGCAGGAAAUGAUCAAGAAGAUGACUGUGGUGGGAAAUGAGGGUGAUUUCAAUGCAGGUCAGCCAGGAACCGAGAUCUUUAAUAUGCCAGCUUCUACAACUGCAGGACCUGUGAGUGUCCGCUGCCACCCAGCUGCAGAGACACCUGGUAACUCAAUAGGCCUGGAGGCCAUUAUAAGAAAGGCUCUGAUGGGCAAAUAUGAUGAUCAGUCUGAAGAACGCUCUCCAUCCAACGCUGCUAACCCGAUGGGUUCCAGUGUGCCUGUAGCCGACGGACGUGCUGAGGACUUUUUCUCACAAGGUGGGGGAAAGUCCUCAAAGGGCGGCGGGCGCUCUAAUGGGAGGAAGGCCAAGUCUCCAGGACCAGGACUGUCAGGGGGGGAGAGACCAUCCUCUGUGUCCUCAGUCCACUCUGAGGGAGACUGCAACAGAAGAACUCCUCUUACCAACCGUGUCUGGGAGGAUCGGCCUUCAUCCACAGGUUCAACUCCAACUCCCUUCCCGUGUAACCCGUUGAUAAUGCGUUUCCCCAGCGGAACGGUGUCUGCUCCCUCCCCCUCUUCUGGCCAGCCGGGGGGCCAGGGCCAGGGGUUAGGACCUGGACAGGGCCGGUCCUGGGAAGAGGAGCCCAAGCCUCUUCUCAUGUCUCAAUACGAGACCCUGUCUGACAGCGAGUGACCUGAAAUACUGUCGUCAACCAACUCUGUGCUGCUGCAGCCACACACACACACACACACACACACACACCUGCUGAGGCAUCUGCAAACCUACCCGCACCAUUCCACUCUGCAUUUCCUCCUUCAGUCGUCAAGAAAGGAUCAUUUCCUCCUUUCACACACCCGAGACGCCAAGCAGCGACGAGCUGGAACGCUGCUGCUCCACGUGUGCGUGUGUGUAUGUUUGCACUUACGUGUUAGGCAUUCACUCCAGGACUACUCUAAAGGACGAAUCACUUAUUUCUUUCCUUUUUUUUUUUUUUACUUUACUACUUUUCCUCACUGGCCUUAUAAAUAUAGACGCAUCGAUCUGCACCUUUCGGGUGUACCGCUCUAAUGUGCCGACACUUGUAUGGAAGGGACUCUGAGGUUGUGUUGUUGGUCUGGUCAGGAGCCUGAUACUCUAGUGACACAUUAUGACCUCGGAUCUGACCUGAGAGCAGCGGCCCACACAGCGAGGACCUCCGCGUUUCUUCACGGUGACCUCCAGGUGCAGGCGGCCUGUGCACUGCUACCACCACGAGGAUAUGUGCGAGGGGACGGGAGGAGAAUCAACAUCAUGUUGUUCUUGUUUUGGUUCUAUUUUUUGCUCCUUUAAAUUCAGUCAGUCCAGUCCUGUGUUUUGAACGUGAGCUGAGACCUUUAGUACAUUUUGAUGGUGAACUUUU